AUGUCAAAGAAAUCAGAUCUUCUCGUCAGGGUCAGGUAUCUCAAUCCGGUGCCCAAUCCGCCUUUUCCCCCAAAGUUGCUCGAUGUAUCAACCGAUAUAAACCGAUUAGGAGAACCAAGCUACCUCAACCACCUGGCCGCUAGUACCCAGCUGCCUAUGCUCGUCGACUCUGAGAUGGGUAUGCCAUUAGACCUAAAUGCGUAUGAUGGAAUAUGGGAUGGUCAGGACCAAACCUUGAACCCUGCGCUUGAUGCUGGACGAGUUCAUCAUCCGAUAGAUGUCGCUCUUUUGGCACCUUUCAACCCACCACCAGAAGCCAAUGGGGACGUCAAGGUGCCUGUGGCAACAGAAGUGUCCUGGAUGAGGAAUAACAAUUAUCUGACUAGAAAGAAUAACGCUCGACGCAAAGAGGCCGCAGAGGCAAAGGCCGAGGAGGUAGUAGAUGCAUCAGAAGCUGCUCAAAUAAUGGCAAUUGAAAAAUCAUUCCAUGAUCUAUACGAACAGGAUCCCAAAGAUAUCAAACACCCAGAUAAGAAGAAGCGGGGAUUGACGAGCUACGAUAUCUUGCCAGAUGUGGAAAGCUGGGAGAAUUCAUAUGCCCUGGUUAGAUUCCCGGAACGUCCCUCAGCAGCAACGGCAAUUAACCCCGCUGCCACUGCCUCUUCACCUCGGUUGGCUAAAGCUAUCUUGAGACCGAUCAGAGAGGACGAAGACCAGCAGCUGAUUGAAUUCUAUCUACCGAAAGAGGAGGAUCUCACCAAUUUGGAAGAAGCAUAUGAACGCGCGAUCCCGUCUGAUGAGGUUGACAAUGUAUAUGCUGUCACACAAGAGGACCCUAACGAUCCUACGCUUCCUGAUAUCUUCCCUCACGUGCAUUAUGAUCGAAUUCGAAUGUACGAAGUUCUCUCAGCAGCCCCACCUACAAAAGAAAUACUGGUAUCGUUCCAGGAAGAUCAGAACGAGAGAGAGGAGGAAGAUGGAAGUGAUGAGGAUGACGAGCGUCCGAAGAAGAGGAGAAAGGGUGUCUACUACCACGAGAUUAACUUCAGGACUCUUUUGCGGAAGACGCGAGCCAAGCGACGAGAGGAGGUGGCACUCACGGCUGACCUGUGGGACAAAGCUGUGGUGGGCUAUCGACAACCUGCGGGCAAGGAUGAGAAGGAAAGGGAAAUGAGUAAAGCCCAGGUAUCGGAUCCAACCUGGGCCAACGAGGAAUUACGAAAAUUGAGAGGUGGAGAUAACAUGGCUGAACUCCAAGGAGAAGCGAUCCAAGAUGAAGAUGUUGAAUUGGAUGAAGAGGCUCAAAAGAUAGAAGCAGCUGUCCACGAGGAGGAGGAUGCCGAUGAAGAUUAA